AUGGAAAUGGUGGUGAUAGGGUUAACGCACGUCGCCCAAGGCUCCGACACCACAUGUCAGAUCCACCAAAACGAGACGAAAGCCCAGGAUUUGGCGCAAGUGUUGAUGAAUAAUUAUUCGAGAAACGCGUUGCCGGAGCCGAAUCCGGUGAAUGUUUUGGUGGAAAUCACGAUCCAGGACAUUUCCGAUAUUUCGGCCAUCACCGGCACUUUUGUUAUCGAUUUUUGGAUCAGUGCGAUAUGGCUUGAUUCGAGAUUACAAUUCUCACAUAUCGAUCCGUGUCGGAAAAACCUAUCGCUGGAUCAUGACAUGGAACCGAAGCUGUGGUCCCCAAAUGUUUGCAUCGUCAAUUCGAAGGCUACGAAAGUGCACGACUCGCCCAAGCCGAAUAUCCUGUUGAUGAUUUUCCCGAACGGGACCACCUGGCUGAACUACCGUAUCAGAUCCGAGGCGCCGUGUAUUAUGAAUUUGAGGUCAUUCCCCCUCGACUUUAUCAAAUGCUCGCUGAUCCUCGAGAGCUAUUCCUUCAACGCUGCCGAGGUGACGCUCCAAUGGCUCGAGUGGUCGCCGGUAAGCACCGUGAAAGCCGACUUUAAUCUGCCCGAUUUCCGCAUGACAAAUAUUACGUAUGGCAGUAUUACCGAGAUGUACACUGCCGGAAUUUGGAAUCGCCUGUACGUCGACAUCCACUUUGAGCGACUCUAUGGGUUUUAUAUUUUACAGAUGUACAUGCCGACGUACAUCUCGGUGUUCAUCUCCUGGAUCGCCUUCUGGAUGGACACACGCGCGCUCCCCGCUCGAAUCACGCUGUCCGUCUCCUCCCUGAUGGCGCUGACAUUCCAGUUUGGAAACAUUGUCAAAUCACUUCCAAGGGCCUCCUACGUGAAAGCGAUCGACAUCUGGAUGUUCAGCUGCGUCGGGUUCAUCUUCUUUUCGCUCGUCGAGCUGGCCAUCGUCGCGUACAACGACAAAAUGGAGGACCAGCGGUUACGUGAAUAUCGGAUGACCUCGUUGGGGCAUAUUUUUCAACAAAACGGGAACGGCCCGGAAAGGACGUCGUCGUUGAUGCAUCGCAGAAGCACACAACUCUUGAUGAUGGACCAACGACCGCAUAUAAAACUGUCUGAAGACAGCCCUGCGCCGUCGCCUCCACCCUUCCGGAAAUUACGGCGCAACGACUUGGGGGCUUCGAUAGACCGGGUGGCGAGUAUGGGAUUUCCGGCGGCAUUCGCCAUCUUCAACAUGGUUUACUGGACGUACUACCUGACGACGCCUACGACAUUCCAA